AUGGUAACUUGCUACAACUACGGUGAACCAGAACAUAUCACCACUCAUUUCCCGAAGCCUAAGCAAGCUUUAACUAGACGAAAUAGGUUCACUCUGAUGGGGACUCAGACUUCCAGUGACGACAGGUUGAUCAGAGGUAUAUGUUAUAUUAAUAAUACGCCUUUGAUUGCUAUUAUCGAUACUGGUGUUACUCAUUCUUUUAUUGUUGCUGACUGUGUGAAAAGGCUAAGCCUUGUUGUGUCUUCUAUGAAUGGAGAAAUGAUUAUCGUAACUCCUCCUAAGGGUUCGGUGACUACUACUUCAGUUUGUUUAAAUUGUCCUCUAUUAAUCUUUGAUAAGGAUUUUGGAGUUGAUCUUAUUUGCUUGCCAUUGGAGAAUCUCGAUGUUAUCUUGGGGAUGAGCUGGUUGGAGUUCAAUCGUGUUCAUAUCAAUUGUUAUAACAAGUCGGUGCAGUUUCUUACUCCUGGUGAGGAGGAAGAAGUUGGUUCCUUAUAUACUAGAGAGUUGAAUGAGCUUUUGGAAAAGGAAGCUCAGGUGUUUACGUUGUUCGCAACGUUAUCUGCUAAGAGUCAGGUGGUGAUUGAUGAAUUGAAGAUAAUGCAGGAUUUUCCAGAGGUGUUUCAAGAUGACAUUUCAGAUGUACCGCCAUAG